GAAUAAACGGCAUUUAUAAGCCGAAUGCGCGUUUCCUAUAAUAAAAACUACUAAUUUGAUCAAGCUGGUGGAAACAACAACAGCGUGAUCCUUCAAAAACAGCACCACUUUGACCAAGGCGAGGCAAAGUAACGACACUGUAGCGUCUUCAUUUUGGACCUUGGAUGUGUUUUGGAAAGCGUUUAGAUGCUUGAAAAGCCUGGUUCGGUUGUGGAAGUGUGGAUUUGACUGUGGAGAGAGAGACAGAGAGAGAGAGAGAGAGAGUGUGGCUUUUGGGAAGUGCGGUUUCUCGUCGCUGCUUGACUGUGACAAAGAGCAGCAGUUCCUGCGCCAUGGCAUUUCCCUGGAAGUAGCCUUCAAAAAGUGGAAGAUGGCUCUCUUCACUUUUGCGGCUGCAGCCUGAUCCGGCUCCGUGUGGAAUGACGCGCUGACAGUGACCACUCCGCCUCUGGAAAGGUUAAGUAUGACUGCGGCUGCAGGUGUGCUAACAGGCUUGGCUAAGCUAAAACGCCAAGACUCCUCCCGCUCUCAGCACCGUCCCGUACAAGCCCUGUCCCCCGGCCUGGGGAACGCCGGCCAAGAAGCCGCCCCAAGAAAGAGGAAGCGCCGCGCAGAUGUUGUUGUGGUGCGCGGCAGGCUCCGGCUCUAUUCUGCCUCUGGGUUUUUCCUUUUCCUGGGAUUAGUUGUCCUGGCAAUGGGGAUUGGCAUGGCAACGCUGGGUUAUUGGCCACAGAGCGAGACCAGGGCGUCAACCAAAGUGGCCCCUGGAGCUGGAGGAGGAUCCAAGAGAGAAACCGCAGGAGGAACCAAAAUGUCUGCCACCGGAGGCAAAAUGCCAUCUUCAGGCGAGGCGAAUGGCGCCAAGAUGGCCGUCACGGAGGGCCAUUUGGAGAUUAACUCCAGCUCAAGCCAAACUGUACAAGAUAAGCCCUCCGUGCAGACGGGGGGUGUCCUGACCCGGUUCUUGGAACAGCAUCGUCAUUCAGAGAGGAUGAAGAUGCUUGGACCCUUCACCAUGGGCAUCGGGAUUUUCAUCUUCAUCUGCGCUAAUGCCAUACUACACGAAAACAGAGACCGAGAAACUAAGGUAAUCCAUAUGAGAGACAUGUACUCCACAGUCAUUGACAUUCAUCGCCUCAGGCAGAGAGAGCGAAAACAACACCAUCAUCACAACGGCUCCUAUGGAGGAGAACCCGGUGAUCUUCGGGUUCCCAGUGCUGAGAACCUCAGCGCAGCCCGGCUAGCCAGCAACACCCUCCUGGCCUUCUCCACACGCACCGGGAACAGCUCUAUAGGAGGGGUCGGAGGGUCUACAGAGGAAGAGGAGGUGCUCUUGGGAGAGGAGGAGAUUCACAGACACAGGGAGCAGGCUAAGUUGGACUAUAGCUUGGCAGGACUCCUGGCACCGCUCUACAAGGAUCGGCCCCUUUGCGGUUCAGGGUUUGGGUUGGCUCACUCGGAUUCGAUCCACCACCAGUGGUCUGUGGACAGAGAGAGGGAGAAUGGAGGCCACCAUGCUCGCUCCAUCGUCUCGUCCUCUCUCUCGGCAUUUACGCUCCCUGUUAUCAAACUAAAUAACUGUGUCAUUGAUGAGCCAGAGAUGGAGGCGAUCACUGAAGAGGAGCGAGGAGGGGAGAGAAGGGACGGGGAGAGGUCACAACCUCUCGGCUCCAUGGAAUCCCUGGCUGUUCCUGUAGCAUCCGUCGCCAAGGCGUCUAAGCCGCCGGGCUUGCACCGAAGUAACUCUGCCUCCUCUUCCUCUCACUGCUCCUCGAUUUCCUCUUGCUCCCUCUCCCCGGCUCCCUCCUCUACCUCAGGCUGCUGGCUCUCCCCGGGAGCGGCAAGGAAUGACUUUGGCUCCAACUCCUCUUUGCACAUACUCAGUAGCCAUUCCAAAUCCUUGGACCUGGAACGCGGACCGAGCAUGCUCAGUGUACAUCCCGAGCAGCGCAAGCACCCCAGCUGGCCCCGCCUCGACCGUAGCAACAGCAGCCGUAGUAACAGCAGUAAUCGGGGUAGCAGUAAGGGCUAUGUCCGAUUGGAGGACAGGGAAGACCAAGGGGAACGGCUGCUGGACGUGGCACCUUCGGUGAUGGCGAGGCGCGACUAUAGUAAGAGAGAGAAGCUGCUAAUGAUAUCGAGGUCGCAUAAUAAUCUGAGUUUUGAGCAUGAUGAGUUCAACAACAGUACCCUGAAGAGGGGCAGCUCUGAGACUCGAUUCUGAAGACGUUCCAGAUCCUGCUCCGUACGGUUGCUGAAGACAUGCUCUAGAUACGUUCAGUAGUUCUUUAAACAAUAUAACCAUGGUUGUACAGAGGGUUCUUACGGGGGUAGAACACAGGGUUAAGCACGAGUAGGUUGGUUUUGAAGACGUUUUUGAGCUAACAGGGUGACAGAGAAUAGGAGACCAUCCUUCAACCAAAGGGUCUGGAUUUAAGCCCCAUGUCAGCAAGAGUCUGCCCCGCUGAAGUGUCCUUGAGCAAGACACUAAACAGCUCCCUGGGGGCUGUUCUGUAGCUGAGCCUGACCUCUGACCUCCACAGCGAGGGAGGCAAGCAAGGAAAGAAUUUCAAAACUAGAAUCAAUAAAAUAUAUCACAGAGGUGUUUCUAAUGAGGCUUUAACAGGUUUUCAAUCCUGAGACAGCUCGAGAUGAGGAAUUAGGAUCGAUGCUGUUUCAUAACAGCCUAUCUUAAGAAUUAUUGAUGCUGUUUUUACAGGGUUGCAACAAGGUUUCACUCCAGCAGCUGCUAAUGAAAUCAAAGUAAAUCUGCAACUAAAACUUUGAACAGAGGAAGUUGAGAAACUCAGUUUUAAGACUGAAGGCUGUACUAUAUAUGGUCCUGCUAAUUUUAAUGUCAGUCCCCAGACAGUUCCAGUAGUCAGUUCUUACAUGACAGUACUGAGUGUGAGGAGUUUAAAAGCACGCCCUUGGACAACAGCUCCUUGUCAAGAAGAGGCGCUUUGACAAAAGACUGAAUUUACUUUGUCUGUUGGUCUUGACAGGGUUAUGAAGGCUAGGUUUCAAAAUAGAGUUCAGAGAAGAUUAUCUACUUUGAGAUCAGCUUCUAAAGGCUGUUUUAGGCCUGGUUCGAAAAUACUUUUAGUUAUAAAAAAACAACAAAAGAAAAGAAAACAAAAAACAGCGUUCCUUACAUGGUACAUCAGACAUUUCUGACAGAGUUACUCGGAGUUUAAAAUAUGACCAUGACAGCAGUAUGCUGGAAAGAUGAGAAGGUCUGGGACAUUGAUUUUUUUAAAAAAAGUUUUUACAACUGAUGCUGUUGAAUCGCUUGUCUUUACACAGUUCUGAAGUCAUUUUCACACUGCGUUCAGCCUCAUUUCUUAGUGGCGUACUCUGGGUUGUGCAACUCUGUCUAAGUCCCAGUUCAGCUCUAGGCCAAGCAGAGUUAGCUGCAGAUUUGUUGGAUUGAUAACAGAGCUCAAGAAUAACUUUAAGAAGGAGCCCAAGCCCGACUCUUAGCCUCACCCCAAGAGUAGGUCUGUGUGAGAAUAAGCAGUGUGAAAAGCACUUCUGCAAUGUAAACUGAGCUGAUGAGAUCGGUAAGGGCAUGAUAAAGGGAGGACGGCUCAAAACACCAAAGGAAAUAGAUAUUAAUGCGUAUUUGUUCUCAAGGUGGCUUAUGUUUGUGUGUGUGUGUGUUUGUCUGAUUCUCAGGUAGUUGUAGAUAUGAUGGAUCCACACAAAGUGCAAAAUCAAACAAAGCCAGUUACCGACAGUAUCAAUAAACAACAGCAGAGGGAAAUGGGAGUCACAAUGUUCGGUUUCAAAAGUGGUCGAGUGUAGUCUGAGCCACAGGGGAGAGUUUGUCCUUGUACUGUGCUCACCAUGUUGCUGUCCUCUCUGCAGAACUAAGUGUUGGCUGCAAAUGUGUAACAGUAGCCUCCAUAACAUUACCAUGGUGAGAUGCUUACCAGAUGCUUAACACCGGCCAUGAAGCAGGGCUGCCGAGCGAACGUGGCCGCGAUUGAAAACGACAGUGCACCAGCUCUGUCUCCAACUCUGCACUUACUCUACUUCUUGUAAAAGACCUUGAUUAGACUUCACUCAGGAUAUGCGGUCUAUUAUUCAUACAGUACUUCAGUGCUUACUAUUCAAUAUUAAAGAAAGGUGUGAUAUUAGAAUAUUUAUAGGUUAUUAUGGGACGGGAAGUCUGAUAAUGCAAUAUUGGAGAAUAUUUUCACAGUGAAUCAGUCAACAAGAGAGGAUGAAGGCUGAAUCAAGUUUUAGGAUGUCAGCCACUCAAAGGGGCUACAACGAGACCAGCACUAGUUUGCCUCCAAGGCAAAGAGCCAAAUUUUCGCUCAGUUGUUCUUUUUUUUCUUCUGUUUGUUCCUUCACAUUCAAAAAAACAAUUCUGAUAAAUAAGUCUGGUCGAAGGGCUGGUCCCAAAAUAACACACAAGCAGGAAUAUCUUAGAAUGAGACUGAUAGCGCAAAUACGACAAAUCAGUGUGUAAACAUUUAUAAUCUCAUUUCAACUUCAUAAAUCCAGGGAGUUGCAAAAAUAAAAGUGGGAGUAAUGCCGAUUUAUUCUGCAGUCCUAAAAAAGAGGCUGUGUCAUUUUCAAUCCACAGAUCCAUGGAUCAAGUGACUUCUUCUGUUGCUUUUUUGAGACUAUUUACCAUGUGGACAAAUCAAAGAGAGAUGCAGUAAAGACUAAAUCGGAAAAGUGAAAAAGUCAGCAACAUGUGUCAGUCUAUGUUGCUAGAAACAUAUUUUUAGUGUGUGUUGAGAAAAAGUGUUUUGUCCCUGACUGGACACACGCAAUAUUGGAAAUGGGUCUUUGUUUCCAACCAUGUAAUGUCUUUACAGUCCAUCUGUACCUGCCGGGAUGAUGUCUCCUUAUAGCUCAAUAUUACUGUACCAUGUAUUAAACUGUUUUUUUCUUUUGGUGAGUCAGCGACCACAAAAUGCUGUCAUUUUUGAAACACACCUGUAAAUGUAGUUUAGGACAACAUCCUGUGCUACUUUCAAUGCAACACAUGAACAGUAACACAUAUCCGUCAUGUGUUGCCGCCCCUGCAGAGCUUCAGUCAUUGGUUUCCAAUGCAGGGAUCCAAUUCUGAAAAGGAAGUACAGGAGUUUAUGAGUCGCUGUCCGAGUUUAUCCCUUG